AUGUCGGGCCAGGUCAAACGGCGGCGGCGGCGCAAGAAGAAGGUGGCCGAGGCCAGUGGGGCCUCGGCCGGCAGUGGAGGAGAGCCGACUAGUGCAGCCUCCCGUGUAAAGGAUACCCUCGCUCGUAUCUGUACCUUCUCCAAGGCCGACAUUCAGGACGUGGCGGAUCUGUACAAGGAAGUGCUCAACGUCUCGUCGUCGUACUCUAAGAAGGACGCGGCGGCGCUGACGGCGGCGUUUGAGUCGAAGAUGCACCGGCUGAUGGACGAGUCGUUCUCGCGAAUCAAAGGCAUCUCGGACAUCUUUUUGCGGGCGUCCGAGUAUGUCCUGGCCAAGGCCAAGUUUUACGACGUGUGCAAGGAGGCGCUGCUGAAGAUCCUCGACGCAGACAUGGGCAAUCCCGGGCUUGUCCGCGUCGUCAACGCAUUUUUUGACAAGCACAAAAAGUUCCUCGAGCAGCAGCCGGCCAUCAUCGAGUCGAUGUCGCUCCACUACCGCGAGCAGAUUAGCAAGCUGAAGGCGGCGUCUGCGGCGGGCGGUGGCGGCAGCGGUGGCGGCGGCGGCAGCGGUGGCGGUGCGCUGGACAUGGCCCAGCUGAGCGGCGGUGGGCGGGGCGGCUGCGGCGGCGAUGAGUACGGUGACGACGACGAGGAGGAGGGAGAGACACAGACGCUGCCGCUGGGUCGACGGCAGCUGGCGACGCGGUCUGCGUCGGUAGCGUCCGGGAUCGGCGACGAUGCCGGGUCGCGGGCGUCGCGCUCGUCGCGCGGCGGCCGGCGGCGCGGUGCCGGCGGGAACGGGUCCGAGGGAGCCGGAUCCACGCGGGGUGGAGGGCGCAACGAGGGCGCGCGGCUGCCGGUGACGAUGACAGAGUCGUUCCAGCGGCUGACGGCGCCGCGGGUGAGCGCGGCGGAGCGCAAGGCGCAAGAAGAGGCGCGCAAGGCGCAGGAGGCACGGCGGCGGCCGCCACCCAAGUUCCGGCCGGAACUCAAGCUCAAGAAUCUGCACGCGCUCAUCGAGGAGAUCUACGCGUCGAAGCAAAACUACAACAAGAUUUGCGAGCAGUCGCAGCUGCCGUACGAGACGAUGGAGGAACACGUGUUCACCUUUCUCAACCAAAAGUACGGCCUCAAGCGGAUCAUCAAGGGCUGGCUGGAGGGCAUCCGGCAGGGCCUGGUCGACUAUGCGCGCGAUCCGGACGUCAAGUGCUUUACGUACAUUCUCAACAACGAGCUCCACGAGGACUACCUCUUUGACUACCACUACACCAUCAAGCGGACGGUGAACCAGCUGCUGUACGCCAUGCUCAAGCUGGAGAAUCCCAAGGUGGCCGAGGCCGAAAUCACGGACCUCUUCCAGGAGCGGCUCAACGACUACCUCACCGAGGAGGAGUGGAUUUUCCUCAUUCAGAAGAUCUACGAGCUGCCGCGCGACCAGGAGCGGCUGGUUGAGCGGGUGGCGGCCAAGGUCGCCGACGACAAGCGGCGCGAGGCGGCCGAGAAGCAGCGGCUGGCCGACCUCCAGCCGACGUACAAGUCGCUGCGGCGCGAGGAGGCUGCUGACGCCUCGCGGUCGAUCCUCUUUAAGGACUUCCGCAAGAUUGUGCUCGACUACCAGCUCGAGGGCCACCACGCCUUCCUCGGCGACUUUACGCGGCUGUUCAACGAGGUGUGGGAGGCCGGCAAGGAGAACGAGCUCAAGGCGCGCGCCGCGCUGGAGGACAAGUGGUCCGCCGCCGCCGAUGAGGCGUCGGGCGCGCUCGAGCCGCUCCCGCCGUUUGAGCCCAAGAUCAAGGGCAUCAUCAACGACGAGGACUUCCGCAACCUCGUCCACGCCAUCGACCCCGGCCGCUCGCACGCCGACAUUGUUGCCAUGCUCAACGAGGCCGACCCGUUCGAGACCUCGCGCAUCACCUACUCGCAGGCCGUCAAGGUUCUGGGAGACGCCAUCCGCAUUGCUGCCAUGAAGAAGGAGCAGGCCGAGACGGCCGUGCUGUAUGGCGACGCCGGCUACGGCGACGGCGACUGUGCCGACGACGACUACGACGAGUGGAGCGAGGCCUUUGAGAACGAGCACAUUACCCAUUGAACGGACGGUUGUUACCGCUUACGGCUGGUGCCCGUAGCUCGCGGCAGAUGUGACGUGGUCAAAGGUGAGCGCAAAGAUGGCGACGCCGGUAAAGAGCGCAACGAG